AUGAGUUCAGAAGAGCAUGCCAAGGCCGACAGAAGGGAAAGCGGUGACACCUCGGCGACACCACCAAGCGAGUUCAAAAAGUUCGGCGAUUUCCCCCAGGAGCUCCAGGAUCUGAUUUGGCACACAGCAGUCCUCUCCGUGCCGCGAUUCCACAUCGUUCGCGCCCAUAUCACUUGCAUCGACUCGGGCAUCAAGGAUCCAUGGAUCUCAAUCAACCCGUGCGAAGAGGUCAAGCAGAGGACGCGGAGGCUCAGGCCCCUCUUGCUCGCAUGCAAGAAGGCCAGGAAGGAGGUGCUGCGUACUCUGCCCCCGCCGCUGCGCUUCGCGAGCUUCUUCGGUGUCAGCCAGAAGUUACAGACCGGCCAGAUUCACUUCGACGUUGAAGCGGAUGUUCUCUGCAUCGUUCCACCCUUCAAUGUGUGCCGCGGGGGCCCGAUGGCCCCAGGCAUCUGGGAGGGCUUCAGGCGCAUCAAAAACCUCGGCGUGCAGGUAAACUUCGCCAUGGCGCCCAAUAGAAUACUGUCAAGCCUCGUUAGAGACUGGUCACUGAGAGUGUCCAUACCUUCUGACAGCCUCUUCUGUCUCCGAGCGUUCACUGCUGCAGCACGAUUCUAUAUCGUUGCGCCUCCUCACGUCCGGAAGGCCCCGAAACCACCCAAGUAUCACGAGGGCAGCUUUGGAAAUAGGCUCAAGGAGAGCCAAGGAGACACACACGCUGCAGAUGAUGAACUGGAGGUUGGCUAUAUGUCUCACGGCUCGAUGUGGUCUAAUAAUCCUGUCUUGCGAUCCCUGCAAAUGACAGCUACCCCAGGUUUCUUUGGCACAACUGGACAGUUUGGCUUCACCAAGGUGCCUGUGCAACAGAUCCAGCACGUAUAUGUCACCGACAGCGGCCAGGACCUAACACCAACGCUUCUGAGUUUGUGGCUAUCUCUGUGCUGCAGACCGGAUACGUACAACAACGUCAGGAAGGCGAUAUGGCAUUCCUUCAAGUUCCCCCUGGCCCAGAUUGGGGGCCAUGUUAUGGGGAUUCUCCAAGAACCUGGCAACAUGAUGCAGUACUGUGGUGUUCUACUCCCGAUGGUAGAGACAUACCCACUACUGAAAGUCUACAACGCCCCGGUCAGGGGUUGA